AUGUAUUCUUCAUCGAUGUCAAUUAAUUUUGAACCAAUAUUUCGACGAAGUACUCUUCGUAAUAAAGAUGUACUUAUAUCUGAAUCAUUGAAAUAUCUUCCAUUAAUUCGUAUUCUAAUGUUAAUUAUAUGUUUAAUUAUUGGAAUAUGUACAUUAAUUAAUUUAAUAUUAACUUAUAAUAAAUAUAAAUUAAUAUUAAAAUCUAAUAUAUUUUAUAGAAUAAUUGUACCAAUAAUAUUAUUAUUAAAUAUUAUUUUUCAUGUUUUACAUUAUAUUCAUAAUAUAUAUGAUCCAGCUGCAUAUUUUGAACCAAAAUAUCUUUAUAUAAAAAAAUAUAUUAGUGAAAUGGAACAAACAUUUAUAUUUAAUUUUCCUUUAUCUAUUAUAUUUAUUAUUGCAACACGAAAAUUAUUAUUAUCUUGUACAAAUAAACAAAUACAAUCUUUUUAUAUGUUAAUUAUUGUAACAUUAUAUUGUUUUAUGUCAAUGAUUAGUGGUGGUCAUUAUUUAUAUGAACCUCCAUGGAAUUUUUCAUUAUUAUGUAAUAUAACUAUUGCUGGUGAAACUCUUAUGGCAUUAAUAUUAUUUAUUAUAACAAUAUAUAUUUAUCAAUCAAAUAUAAAUAAAUCAACUGAUUAUAUUUAUACUCAAUUAAAUGUAAAUGAUAAAUUAGAAUUAAAUAUUUCAACGUCAUCUAAUCAACAACAACGAUUGAAAAGUAAAUCAAGUGAUAAUGAAUCUAUGUAA